AACCGAAAUAGGAAAAAUAUCAUUCCACUUUCAGGAGUGAAAUCUGGAGAGAGAGAGAGAGAGAAGUGUUGGAGAGUCGGAGACAUUAAAGUUGUAAAAACCCAUAAGUAAGUAACGCAACUUCCCCUUCUAUCUGCAAUAAAAUCUCGACUUUAAUUACCAGCUUUUUAUGCAAUUAUUAGGGUAGGCAUUUAUGGUGGAGCAGCUUUAGUGAGAGAGAGAGGGAGAGAGAGAGGAGAGCAUUGGAGUUCUAUAUUUACAGAGUGGAGGUCUGGCUGCAGGUUUCAGAGCAGCAAGCCAUGUGAAAGAAUCAGUGCAGGAGAGAAGAGAAUUGAAGAAAGUUAGGAUAAUAUAAGCAGGGCCCGCUUCAAGUUUGAGGAAGAAGAACAAGGAUUUCAUAUCAGUCGUUGAAAGAUUCCUGAAAGAUGAGACCGAAGAUCGUUCUCUUUGGAGACUCCAUCACCGAAGAAUCCUUCGGUGAUGGAGGUUGGGGAGCUUCUCUUGCCCACCAUUUUGCUCGCACGGUUGACGUCGUGCUGCGAGGAUACAGUGGGUAUAACACCCGAUGGGCUCUCCACGUUGCGGAGAGGGUGUUCCCGGCGGCGACGGAGGCGGAAGGUGGCGGAGGUAGAGAAGCACCGUUAGCGGUGGCCGUGUUCUUCGGUGCUAACGACGCUUCUCUUUCAGAUAGAAGCAGUGCUUUCCAACACGUGCCGCUCGAAGAAUACAAGCAGAAUCUCCAUUCCAUCGUCUCCUUUAUCAAGAAGCGAUGGCCUACCACUUUCGUACUCCUCAUCACUCCUCCUCCCAUCGAUGAAGACGGACGCCUCAAGCAUCCUUAUGGCGACAACCCCUCAGGUCUGCCGGAAAGGACCAAUGAGGCUGCCGGCGCUUACGCGAAGGCCUGCGUUGAGGUUGCUGGUGAAUGUGGGCUACCUGUUAUUGAUCUUUGGUCCAGGAUGCAGCAGCUCCCUGGCUGGGAGAAAGCUUGCCUCAGAGAUGGAUUGCACCUGACUCCAGUUGGGAACAAAAUUGUGUUUGAGGAAGUUGUGGAAAGUCUUAGACAGGGUGGCUUGAAUCUUGAAUCCCUGCCGGUUGAUCUCCCACUCUUGGUAGAUAUUGAUCCUCAUGUUCCGCUCAAAUCCUUCCAGCAUUGAUGAUCAAAUUAUGGUACCAAAGCGUGGUGCUGGUCUUAUUUUUUGUGCUUUUAAAGUUAUUCUAGAAACAAUAUGUCCAGUAGGUGUAAAGUACUUUUAGUGUAAGGCCUCUUGUGCGUUAGCUUUCUUUUCCAUGGAGAGGCUUAUGGUUAGGUCAUUCGCUCUUAUGCAGAUCACCGUCUUCAGUAACUUUUGCUGCUGUUUUGUGUAAUCUUUUCCUUUGUUCAAUGCUGAUAUAUUAUAUACCUUAUUAGAAUUUA